CGACCGCCGCCGACGACGACGACUACUACGACGACGACGACGACUUUGCGCGUCGCUCGAUGCACUCGCACAUAUAUAAGGCCUGCAGUGUGUACCGACACACUCACACAGUCAGCGGAUCUUUCGCUAAGCCUGUUCCCACUUCCCCGCGCAUAGCAGCCAGUGUACCGUGUGUGUCGGAGCGAGCGAGCCGGUCAGUCGCUUCCUACUCUCCGUACAGUAGUGACGCUCCGAACAGAACAGAAGCGCAUUUCACGCAACCGCACGACGCGCCAACAUCCAUCGCCACACACAUGUGUAUAUAUAUCUUGUUCUCCUAACGUAUAUAUACUUGUACGUUCGACGACGCAGUUGAAACGCGUAUAUACCCAUAUUCUCUGACUCACUACACCGACACACCACAUCUCUCUCUCUCUCACUCACUCUCUUUCUCUUUAUACACACGAGACACACUUUUGUGUGUCGAAUCGCUCGCUCGUUUCAACUGUUUUUUGCCCGCUCUCGUUUGCGCCUGCUCCAAAAAAGCUCGGCCGAGGCCUGCGAGCUAGUAAGCUAGGCGCUUUCACGCGUUCGCAACCCAACGCAGAGUAGCAGCAGUGUGUGCCCGAUUACUGUCGCGAGCCAAAGUUUCGCGAGUGCUUUUUUCGUCCAAGCUCCUUCGAAUUUCAUCGACCAUUCUUCGACUCUGGUAUAAUUUUUUUAUCGACAAAAAAUUAAAAUAUAAUAACAGUGCUGCGAGAAAUCGUGAAAUAAUUGCCGAGCUAAUAAUUGGUGACUACUUGCUUCGUUGUUGAUUGUGCGACGAGAAGAAGAUAAAAAAAAGUGUUUAAAGUGUUUGCAUCAUCGAAGACAUGCCGGGUCAACCAGUGAUACAGUCGCACCUCGACUAAGCGCUCCUCAUUAUCUCAUCACCCACCAAGGCCUAAAACAGCAUCAAAACGACGAAGCCACGCAGAUACAACAUCGCGGUAACAUCAGCAUCGUCAUCUUGUGCUGAUCCGCAACAACAACAACAGCAGCAGCCGCCGCAACAGCAACAAAUAGCAGAAGCUAGCGGUGGCAACAGCAGCGUCCACUGGGUGCUACUGCCGUCGCAGCAAACGCCGCAAGCCCCGCUGCAGCAGCAGCAAAUCUCCAACGACGAUUACCAACGAGCCGUCAAAAUAGCUCAACUGAAGAUGGGCAAGCGCACGCACUGCUACCUCUGCGAUCUGCCCCGCAUGCCCUGGGCCAUGAUCCUCGACUUCAGCGAGCCGGUCUGUCGCGGAUGCGUCAACUACGAGGGCGCCGACCGCAUCGACGGCGUCAUCGAGGCGGCCCGCAAGAUGAAGACGUCCACCGGGGGCGUCUACCAGAGCGACCGACCGACCGCUGCGGUCGCGGCCGCUGCCAAGGUCUACAGAACCAGCUCCCACGAGCAGCACAACGGGGCGGCCAACCUGGAGGUCAUGCAGCCGAUGCAGAGCGCCGUGGCAGCCGCGGCGGCGGCCGCCGGUCACGGCCGACACCAUAACAUGAACGCGGCCGCGGCCAGCUACGCGCUCCACCACCGCAACGCCAUCGGCGAGUUCAACUCGCAGUCGUCGCGACAGCAGCAGCAACAGCAACAACAGCAGCAGCAACAGCAGCAGCAGCAGCUCGGCCAGUCGCGUCAGUCGAGCCAGGCGCAGCACCAGCACGAGGACGGCCACGAGGCCGCCAUGGCCAACGGCCUGAGGCCCAGUGCCGGGGUGCCUCAGCGUCUCGGAGCCGCUCAGGCCACGCAUCUGACGGCGCACCACGUGUCGCUCGGUCACGCCGGUCGCGGAUUGGGCCAGCUCAAGCGCGGUAUCAGUGCCCUCGAAGAGGACGACCACCCGGACAAGCGGCUGCAGAUCGAAGAGCCGCAGCACAGCGUGAGGCCACCCCUGACUCGGGGCGAGUCUCUUCCCUCGGUCAGCUUGGCAGUGACCUACGUCGACCGCGUCAAGGAAAAGCACCCGAUCAGGGCGCCGAGCUUCGAGACCGCCACUACCUUCAAGGCCAACGGAGCCUACGUCGGUCCGUCUCUACCAUUGGCACAGGCUAACGUAUCGACGAACGGCAGCGGCUCACCGCUGAGACCGAGGACGAGUCCACCACCGCCCCCACCGCCUUCGGCUCAAGAAGCGUCUCAAGAUAACCAGACAUCCAACCAUCACCAGGGUUCGGGCAGCGGUCCAUCACCUAUGGCUGCAUUGAUGUCGGUAACUGACAAUUUGGCAUCACCUGAAUCGGUGCCCCAACAAUCCAGUGGCAAUCCUAGCCCAACUAGUCGAAGUCCACCAACGACCGCAGCUAAUGUACAACAGCGCAGCACAUCCAGGGGAUCGCAGCACAGUCCCAACAGUACAGGUCCUCAAGGCAGGAGACCGAGCAGCUCGAGACACGUUUCCUCGACCACUGUGACAACGUCGUCAGAAAACGGCGCGGCUGCACAGCCCAGCAGCGGAGGAAAUCCAGAGGCAGUCGUAGCUCCCACCCUCAAAUGCACCCUGUGCCAGGAACGUCUCGAGGAUACGCACUUUGUGCAAUGUCCUAGCGUACCGCACCACAAAUUCUGCUUUCCCUGCAGCCGAGAGAGCAUCAAACGACAAGGAGCUGGGGCUGAGGUCUACUGUCCCAGUGGUGAAAAAUGUCCUUUGGCAAAUAGCUCGGUACCUUGGGCUUUUAUGCAAGGAGAAAUCGCAACGAUAUUGGGCGAAGACGCUACAAACGGUGGGACUUUGAAAGAGAAAAAACGCGAGACUUAAGGAAAACUAUUUUAAAGAAAAUUGAGGCUUUAAUAAAUAAUGUUCUCGCGCGCAAGCGGAGAACUACUUGGUGAAAGAGACGCGCAAACUCUCGAUGGCGAUCGCGCCGUGAAGGCCCGCCAGCAACUUGUUUGCUAAUGCGCCGCCACCACAACUACAACAACUACAACCACCACUUUAUAUCACCACCGAAAAAUUAAAAAAUCAACAACUGACGAUACUGGUUCAAAGUCGUGGCUUCGGGUCGGUCAAUCUUCUCCAAUGAAGUUUUCUGCCUGACCCAUUUUGUUUGGCCGAGGAUGUCGUUAUGUAUAGCUUUAUAUGCGAGCGCUGUGAUGAGAGAAAUCGUUCUAUAAUAGUGUUUUAUUACAUUUUUUUUGUAAUUAUAAUAUAUUUUAUUAUAUUAAUAUCGGCUAUUGAUUGUCGUGUAAAUUGAGAAUUAUGGCAACAUCGUUGAAAGAUUUCAAGAAUGCAUGAGAAAGUGUCAUUUAUGAAUUUCAUUGUUUUACAUGCUGUUUUUUGAGUAAGUUUAUCAUAGGACUUGAAAUCCUUGACAAACUCAUAAAAUUGACUUAGGUACUAUGUACAUGAUUCAUUCAAGUCUCGUUUAAAAACAGAUAACUGCAAUGAAAUAAAAAUUAUGAAAAUACUAAAAAAAUAGAUAUAAAAUAAUUAGAAUUAGAAAAUUCGAGUAAGCUACAGAGAAAACAGAUUCGCUUUCAUUAUUGGGUUUGUACUUAGUCUCGAAACGCCUCAAUUUUUAAUUUUUAUAUAUAAUUUUACGUUUUAUAAUAGCUCGUACGCUUAUUAAAAGACACAGCUCCAGUUGGAUACAAAUUUCAAAUUUUAUUGCGUUGUUGCAAAUAUUUAUUUUUUUUCUUUUAAGUUUAACGCGAUGACUUGGGAGAAAAAAUAUUGCAAAACACUGUUGCCGUACUUUAAUUUAUUGGCAUUAACUAAUUCAAGUCGUACGCUUUUAAAUUAUCAUUGAUCUAUUAUUUAGUCUUUUUCUAUGUUUUACCCUUAUUGUAUUAUAUAAUUAAACAUGACGGAUUUUAACCCAUUGUUAAUGGGUCUUCUGUACAUUAUGUAUAUGUGUACAUAUUUCAUUGAACAUUAUUAUGAUUAAUAUUAUCGACUAGAAACUAAAAAAUAAAUUGUAUACUUAUGAAAGUAACGCAUCCAUAAUGUACAAAUGAAUCUUAUAUUGCGUUUUCUAAUAAAUUAACUUCUUUCUACACAAUACACACCUCUUGACAAAGAGCUUUAGAUAUAUAUGAAAUAUAUAAAAUUGAAAUAUAUUAUAAUUGUUGAAUGAAACAAUACACACGUUGCUUUGUAUCUCGUUUCGUUAAUUUUUAUUGCGUCUCUGCUCCAAUAGUCAACAUGUACACAAUAAAUAAACGCGUCGUAAUAAAAAGCCGAAUUUUCUUAAUGAUGAUUCUAUUUAAUACGAAUUGGUUUAUUGAAUAAACGAGAAACUAUGCUGAAUGUAAUUAUUAACAAAUUUGUCGAUAUCGACGGGCAGAAAAGACGAUCUCUAAUGCGAGCUCUGAUAAGACCUUAACAGAGGAGGCAAGGCAAAUUUGAUGGUCUUCAUUUUCAGUUUAACGCUAGACUUUAAAGUGAGGGCUUUCCGUAUUCUCAUUUUCUUCAACUUCAUACGAUAUGGAACAAAACGAGAACAGAUUUAGCGAUCAGAGGAAUCGCUUAAAAAAAAAAAAAGAAAAAGGAAAUGCUCAGUUGAGAAUGAAUUAAUUUCUUCAGAACCAAACGGCAGUUUUUUCAAAGAAAAAUAAAAACAGACAUGAAUAUACGCGAUAGAAAGUUCAUGAAAAAAUAUUGUCGAUGUCGACUUAUAGUUGAAUAAAAAAAAAAUGAAAAUUAUUAAAGGAGCAAGAAUUUAAAGUAAUAGAAGUAUAUAUAAUGUAUCUCCGUUUGGCAACGUAAACACAACUUAAUGAAAAUAAAAAAAAGAAAGAGAACUUGUUCACACUUUAGUUUAACGCUAGACUUUAAGUGAGGGCUUUUUAAUUUUUCAUUAAAUCCAAAUGAAAAAAUGAAAAAAUUGCCCGACAUAUAGGAACCACACACUCGCUACGUCUAAAAAGUUAUUUGAACAAGAAAAUUGUGUGCAUCCUCUUCAAAAGCAAAGGGAGCCACGCAAAACUUUCUUCGUGCACUUGACUUGUAUUCUCAAAUAUACUUUUUGUUUCUCGUUUCUUAAAAAAAUGAAGAAAUUAACAUAAGCCGACUCUAGCGGCGAUACGUAAGACCGAUCGCGCAGCUGGACCUACGGGUCUUUUUCUUAUGUGUACAUAAAAAAAAAAACAAAUAAUUGUACAAAGAUAAAGUGAUUAACAAGUAACGUUGGCAUGCGUACUAAUGAUAAAUAAAUACUAUUACUACUAUUGUAAUACGAAGCAAAAAAGCAGCGGGUUAGUUGUUGUCAGCUCCGCAACGUCCCGAGGGCUCAUUGUCAAAUAAUGUGAAUUUAUAUUAGAAGCACGAAUAAAAUUGGUGUACUGUGUGGACGUGCCUGAGUGCUCGCGACAACUUUCCCAUGGAAUGUGCUUGUCUUUUAUAUUAAAAAAUAUAAAUAUAAAUAUAUUACUUAUCAUCUUAAACAUCGAUUAAAUUACUCGAUAGGCAGCGUGUCUCUCGUGUUUAUAAAUGCACAAUAUUUAUGCAUAUGAAAAUACACACAGUUCUACGAAUUCAGCAAUAUGUAAGCAGUUAUAAUUUUUUUCGUCUCUUUCUGGUAGUUCCUACCCAAUCUUAAAUGCCAAUAUUCUAAGUAAUAUACACUUUUAAGUGUUUGUUUAUUUCUUGUGAAUAUACUCUUGAAUGAAAUAGUUCGUGUUUUAUAAUACGAUACUACUAUGAACAAAUAUAAUGUACAUUUAUUCGGACACUCGUUUUUUUAUUAUUCAAAUAAUAAACACGUAUUUAAGCUUUGGAAAAAAUGGAUAAAUAAUUACGCCAUUUAUGCGCGUGAUGCGACGGCGAUGACUCGAAUGGAGCUGUGGAUCUGUGAGAAUGAGGUUGUGUAUGUAAAAAAGUAAUAACGUCUGACGUGUAUGGAUCAUUUACUGGGCACAGUUAAUGUAGGCAACGCCAAAAGAAAAUAUUAAUGAAAAUCGAAAUUUCUUAUCAACAUUGCAAAAUCUAAAACUGUCAUUUAAUCCGCCGUUAUAAUAUGUAAGUAAAGAAAAACAAAAAGCUAAUAAAUAAAUAACUUUAACAUUAAUAUUGAGAGAAGAAAUCAAUCUGUGGAGUAAUUAUUAAUGAUUCAAUGUUUAGCAUUAUUAUUACAUACAAAUUUACGCCCAAACGGAUCGUGUCUGUCAAAGUGAGAAGCGAGGAGAGAAAAAAAAUGUGGGACACGCAGCAGGUUUGCGCUGUUCUUGUGUAUUGUUUAAAAAUUUUGCUCGCGUAUCUAGUGUACCACCAACUCUGUAUUACACAGCACAUACACUUAAACGUACCACUUCGUUAAUUGAGAAUUAAUUAAAAGAGGGAGAAAAGAAUAAAUUAAUAGUCUCAUCUUUUGACUACGAAUAUGUAGCAUCUGCGUUUCGUGCUUGUAAUACUCGUAAAAUAUUAACGAUUAUAAUGAAGUAUGCACCAAGUAGGCAGCACCGGUGUCUUCCCGAGUAAACGAAUUUGAUGGGAACGAUCAAGUAAAUCAACAGCUUUUAGCGCGGUAAAUUAUUAUUAAAAAAAAAUAAAAUAAAAAGAAAUAACAAUAAAAAUGUAUGAAACAGGAAUCUGAUCAUUCCUUACUUUUGUAUGAACCGAUUUGUUUUUUACAAUCUACAUUGAUAAAUAAAAAAAAAUAACGAUCCGAUGCAAGAAA